AUGGAAGCCAUGACAAAGAGAUAUGGUGUCACACACCGGAUAUCGACCACUUAUCAUCCACAAACAAAUGGCCAAGCCGAAGUGUCAAAUCGAGAAGUCAAACAAAUUCUUGAGAAGACGGUCAACACUACACGAAAAGAUUGGAGCUUGAAGUUAGAAGAUGCAUUGUGGGCGUAUCGGACCGCCUACAAAACUCCAAUUGGUAUGUCUCCAUUCCGCCUCUUCUAUGGAAAGUCUUGUCAUUUACCGGUGGAAUUGGAACACAAGGCAUAUUGGGCUGUUAAAAAGUGCAAUUUCAUUCUUGAAGAAAGUGGAAAGCACCGAAAAAAUGCAACUUCAAGAAAUCGAGGAGUUGAGGAACGAGUCUUAUGA